CCGCCGCGGCCCGGCCGAGCCGAGCGAGCGAGCACCGCGCGCAGAGCACACGCUCGCGCUCCAGCUCCCCUCCCUGGCGGUUCAUGACCGGGCGCUCUGAGCGCAGCGCCGCCGCCCCCGCCGCCCCGCCGCCCGGCAGCCGCGAGGGCCCCCGAGGGAAGGAAGGCAGGAAGGCAGGCGCAGCCGUGCGCCCCGCGGAAUCCGCGCCCCCCGCCCGCAGCCGGCUGCCCGGCCCGGCUGGCACCAUGCUGCCCGCGCGCUGCGCCCGCCUGCUCACGCCCCACUUGCUGCUCGUGUUGGUGCAGCUGUCCCUAGUUCGCGGCCACCGCACCACGGGCCCCAGGUUCCUCAUAAGCGACCGUGACCCUCAGUGCAACCUCCACUGCUCCAGGACUCAGCCCAAACCCAUCUGUGCCUCCGACGGCAGGUCCUACGAGUCCAUGUGUGAGUACCAACGAGCCAAGUGCAGAGACCCGAAUCUGGGUGUGGUGCAUCGUGGCAGAUGCAAAGACGCUGGCCAGAGCAAGUGUCGCCUGGAGCGGGCUCAGGCCCUGGAGCAAGCCAAGAAGCCCCAGGAGGCGGUGUUUGUCCCGGAGUGCAGCGAGGAUGGCUCCUUUACCCAGGUGCAGUGCCAUACUUACACGGGGUACUGCUGGUGUGUCACCGCAGAUGGGAAGCCCAUCAGUGGCUCUUCUGUGCAGAAUAAAACUCCUGUAUGUUCAGGUUCAGUCACCGACAAGCCCUUGAGCCAGGGUAACUCAGGAAGGAAAGGUGAGUAGAGUUUUAUGCUCUGUCCAAAUGUUUGCUUCUAA